AUGAACAGAGAUGUGUUCCCAUUGUUGGAUGUACCGGAGAUUGUGAUGUGUUUACAAAGUUGUGAUUUUACAUUAGCUGCAAAGGAUGACAUAUCAAGACCCACCUCUGCAUAUAUUAUGAGUCUCUACGAACAAAUUAUUAAAGGUUUUACAGGAUCUCUCUCGGAUACGACACUUAAUGAGACAACAAAGCGGAUGAUAGACGAAGAAACAAGACUAUUGGCUCCAACUUUAAGAAUAAUUACAUUGAACAGAACUUGCUAUAGAUUUUUUAAGGAUAUCGGUGUAAAUGAUUUCGGAAUGAUGGACCUGAAGAAACCGACGUUUGAACGUGUAAGAAGAUUACUGAGUGCAGUUGUUAAUUAUGCCAGAUUUAGAGAAGAAAGAAUGUUUGAUUGUAAGAAAUUUAUUGCAACAAUGGAAUUAUUAUUAAAUAGGCUAAGAUCUAAAUUUGAUGAUUAUAACUUAUUACAACAGCAGACUAAUGAUAUCCAGGAUUUGAUUGGUGAUUAUUUACAGCAGGUUGGAAUAAAUAUCAAUGAUUUAGAAGGUAUUGAGUUUGAGAAACAAAUAGAUGAAGAAUAUAAUAAACUGGAAGAACAUAACAAAGAGUUGGAAUCCGAAUUGAAGAAGCUAACGUCCUUACAGGAAACAUUUUCAAUAGAUUAUAACAAUUACAGAAUCGAAAAACAAAAUUUAUUAAAAGGACUUGAAUCUGUUGGAUAUAGAUUAAUCGAAUUAGAUUCUAAGCGAGAUAAAUUACAAAAAGGGGCCGAUAUAGAUAUGGAGAAGCUCAUCGAAGAGUUAAAUGGUUUGAAAAACGACAUUGAUAAAAAAAUGGUAGAACAACAAGAAUUGGAGAAGAAACAAAAUAAUUUACAAGUUUCAGCAAAGGUAUAUGAGGAUUUUAUAAAUGAAUUAUAUGACCUUCUAAGGAUCUUAUCUACAGAUCUGCAUGAUUCCCAAAGAAAUGAAAGAACCUUAAUGGAGAUCAAACAACAAUUAACAACCCAGCAAGAAAAUUUAAAAAAUGUUCUAUCAAGUACAGUUCUAGAUAGGAUUGGGAUAUUUGAUGAACAAAUUAAGAUUAAUCAGCCUGAAUUACAGAAACUUGAGGAAUUAUUCAACUCACAGCAUCAAGAAUUUGAAUUAAAGAGGAAAGAAAUAUCAGAGCAUUACUAUCAAGUCAUUCAACCAAAACAAGAAGAAAGUGAGGAUUAUAUUAAUCGUGUAUUGAUUAAUGGGAAGAUAAAAACAACAGAGAAAAAAUUAAAGGAGCUGAAGGCCAGUUAUGAGCUUCAAAGGAAGCAAUUAGAGGAAGAGUGGUCAUUGUUAAUAGAUUGCAUAGUCAAAUAUAUGGAAGAUCUCUUAACGGAUGUCAAAGUAGGUUAA